CGAUCCAAUGAGCCGCCAUUGCCAGGUCGAAGCUCUCCUCACACUACGAGUUCGCGCGACCCGUCGCUGCUCGCCGAGGCCCUAACCCACUCUCCGAUCCCGAGCACGCCUCGUACAGCGCCUCGAAUUGUCGGCGAUGCUGCUCUCUGCCUCGCUUUGACCAACUAUUUGUACCUCACGAACCCCGAUCUUGGCCCGGGGCCCCUGUCUCUCAUCCGAGCUGCCAACAUCUCCACCGAGAAGCUCGCACGUGUCGCCGUCAGGCACGGGCUUUAUCGCCUGCUUCGCCGGAACUCGCCCAAGCUCGACGAGAUGGUGGAGGAGUUUACGCGCAUAGUGGAGAGAGAGGGUGAGGGGGAGAUGUAUGGGCAGCCCUAUGGUGGGAGCACGAUAAAGGCACCCAAGGUUUUGGCUGACAUUGUCGAGAGCAUUGCAGCAGCUGUUUAUGUGGACUGUAACUUGAACCUGGAGAAGAUGUGGAUGGUCUUUAGAGGGUUACUGGAGCCAAUUAUUACAGCAGAGAAUCUGGACGAGCAGCCUGUAACAACUUUGUAUGAAUACUGCCAGAAGAAGGGGAAGGCACUCAAUUUCAAGAACUGGAAGAAGGGAAAUGUGAAUGUCACAAAUGUGUUUGUGGACGGAGAGUUGAUUGGGAUUGGAUAUUCGGAGCAUCAGAACAUUGCAAAGCUCAAUGCUGCGAGGGAUGCAAUUCAAAAGUUGGGUGAUUUGAAGGGUGAACAUGUAGAUAUGGACAUUGGAGGGGAAGAGAGCAAUACUGCGAAACAUAAGCUGAAUGAGAUGUGCAGCAAGAAGCACUGGCCAAAGCCGGUUUACAGAAUGGAAGGAGAAGAAGGGCCUCCUCAUGACAAGAAAUUUGCCUGUUCUGUUCAAGUUAGGAUUUCAAACAAGGAGUACUUCGAAGUUGGUGAUCUGAAGUCAAGAAUUAGAGACUCGGAGAAUUCAGCAGCUGCAAAGGUGCUAGCUGAAAUUAGGAAAGGAUGAGAAAUUUAGCAUGAGUUCAAGAAUAACGAAAGAGACUAUUUAUCAUUUCUAUCUCUAUAAUUUGUCCAGCUAAUUAAUGUUGUGUGUAUCUAUCUUGAUGGAGAUUCAAGGGUUUAGUUUAACUUGUAGUGUGAGAUCCUAUGUGAAUGGGUCAAAUAGUGAACGAAUAAUCAUCUAAUUCUAUGUUCGAACCCGAUAAUAUAGUUUAAUUUUGCACAUUUU